UUCGAUAGUGGGUGGACUAGGCAAAACGUGAGCGCUUUCAAACGAAAUCGAUUUGUUCAUCUUUGGCCCCACUUUAUCUCCAUAAAGCCAUGGCUUUUUCUUUCGGCACUCCUAAGCCUAUCACUGCGAGUGUGUUUGGAACACCAGCAACUUCUGCUCCCACAUUUGGGGCGUUCGGAGCAGCUAGUGGGACGAACACAGGAGUUUCUGCUCCUUCGACACAAUUCUCUUUUGGCGGGUUUGGGUCGGCAGCCAAACCGACAACAACAGCCAGUGGAUUUGGAACGGGAUCUCUGUUUGGGAAUACAGGAAACGCUACUACAGGGUUUGGAACAGCUACUACCGGACUAGGGACCUCUGCAUUUGGUACAACUGGAACUGGCUUUGGGGCUGCUGGAUUUGGAAACACCGGAACUGGAUUCGGGACUACCGGAACUGGAUUUGGAACAACUGGAACAGGAUUUGGAACUACCGGAACAGGAUUUGGAACUAUUGGAACAGGAUUAGCGACUGCUGGGUUUGGAACUACUGGAACAGGAUUUGGAACAACUGGAUUUGGCACUACUGGUUUUGGGGGUGGGCUCACUGCACUUGGACAACAGCAGAACGCUCAGCAGGCUGUGUUGAAUAAUCAAGUUCUAAUGAACGUUGCCCUGGCUAAUCCACAGAUUAAUGGUGAUGAGAGGGAUGGGAUAAUCGCCAAAUUGAACCAGCUCCAAGCUUAUUGGGGGACAGGUAAGGGUUAUUUCAAUCAGCAAGGUGAGGCAGUGGAUUUCACUCCUGAAAACCCUUACUGCAGAUUCAAGGUUGUUGGAUAUAGCCAGCUGCCGUCGGCAGGUAAUGAUGAUGGUCUUGUUGCAAUUGUGGUGAAAAAGAAAGAGUCUGAUGUACGUCAACAACAACAGGAGUUUGUUACUGCAUUGCACAAGUGCUUUGGUAGCAAACCCACUGUAAUGGUGUGUGUUGAUGGCCUAAAGCCCUUGCCAGAGGACUGUACAGAAGUAGUGAUAUAUGUUGUUGAGCGGGCUGAAAAUGGUACCACCAAGAUUCACCCUGCUACUGAUGUAUAUAAUUAUCUCAAUCAAAACAACAUCAAAGCACAGCUACAGACAAUUGGUGUGACUAGCGUGACUGCCAAGAGUAGCAUACCCCCAGCCUUACUACAGCAGUACCUAGACAAUGCCCCAGCAGGGAUUGACUCCCUUCUGUGGGACCAGGCCAAGAAAGACAACCCAGACCCUGAAAAACUCCUCCCUGUUCCAAUCAUAGGGUUCAGUGAACUCAAAAAACGGUUGAAAUUUCAAGAGCAGGAAACAUUGCAGCACCAGAAGCGGUUAGGGAUAAUCUGUGAUGAGAUUGCAGAACUGCAGAGAAAUCAUUCCACCACUAUGGCAAAGCUGGCUCAGUUCAAACGUAAGCAUCUUGAACUGAGCCAUAGGGUGCUAGAGGUUAUGGUGAAGCAAGAGUCCCUACGAAAAGCUGGUUACUCUGUCCAGGCUGAUGAGGAACAACUAAGAGUGCAUAUGGAGUCCAUACAAGUAGAGCUUAACGCACCACUACAAUUCAAGGCUCGUCUUAAUGAGCUGCUGUCACAAAUCAGACUACAGCAGAGCCAGGCACGAGAGAGGUCCCUGGGUAAGUAUGUGAUGGAUCCUCAACUUGAGGAUGAGCUAAAACAGCAUCUUGAACAACAGCAGGUUGGACUUAUGCACAUUAUUGGAAUCAUCAAGGAUGACAUAGAAGAUCUGAAGACCAUUGAGCAAGGGCUUGGAGAGAGCAUGGUGGUCCGCUAGCAGUGCAUCAGUAAAAUUUGUCACUAUUCUGAUACUACUUUAUAGUUUCAAAGAAUUGCAGCCAAAUUCUUCACUGUUGUUACUGAGAAGCUUUUUACAACCAUCCUAACUUUGUUGAAAGGCACUUUUUCUGACUGGAAAAGAGGUAAUCUGUAACAUGUUAAAUUAAGGUGGGUGAGUGUUGAGUGCUUUGAGCUACAUAUGGCUUGGUAAACCAGUCGACCAGCAGACAAAUCUCAUAGAUAAGACUUGGGACAUUCCUGCUUCCUUGAUCAGAAAACAAAAAAAAUAUGUUGAUGAACUACCUCAAGGCAGCAUCCAAAAUGGCACACAAACAGUUUAGCAUUGCCAAGUCAAGCAAUGCUGCUUGCAUGAGGCUUAAAACCUUUUUUUUCAGUUUCUUAGAUGAGUUUGUGAAAAUAAAAAAUUUAUUUCACUUA